GCUCGGCUGUUUAGUUUGAAGGCGGAGUUCAGGCCAAUGAAGUCCUCCCUGAGACAACGGUGGAGUCAGUAAUAGUUCUCACUUUCACUGGAUUAAAGAGUUGUUGUUUUUUCUCCAUUUGCAUUGGGGACGAACCUUAAUUUCUCGUUUGGACGGCAGUGGAAAGCGGACUAAUAAGGUUACAGUUUCACCUGCGGGACAAAUCGAACUAACGUCACCUCGUGAUAGGUGCUGUGGAAAGUAAAAUGAAGCACCUCUCAUUAUUGUGCAUGUAUGCACUGGUGACCUUGUAUGGCCAUAAGGGUGUGCUGUCCCAGGCUCCCUCCUACGGUGAACGGGGCUCUGAUCUUGGCAUACAGGUAUUUCAGCAAGUAGUCCGCUCAAAGCCCCUGGAAAAUGUGGUGCUUUCACCCCACGGGGUAGCUUCCAUCCUUGGGAUGUUGCUUCCAGGAGCCCAUGGAGAGACUCGGAAGCAGGUCCUCAAUGCUCUCCGUUACAAGAAAAAUGGCCCGUACAAGAUGUUGAAGAAGCUGCACAAGACCUUGACUGCUAAGUCCAACCAGGACGUUGUGAUGAUUACCAACGGCAUGUUCAGCCAGGAGGGCUUCCCCAUGGAGGAGGCCUUUGUAGACACCAACAAAGUCAACUUCCAAUGUGAGAGCAGGAGCCUGGACUUCAGCAACUCCCAUGGGGCAGCAGAUGAAAUCAAUGAAUGGGUCAAGAACAAGACCAAAGGUCACAUCCCUAGCUUGAUCAAAGCAGACAUGCUAGACUCGCCUCUGACCCGUCUGGUCACCGUCAACUCAAUCUACUUCAAAGGCUUAUGGAAGUCCCGCUUCCAGCCCGAGAACACCAAGAUGAGGCCCUUCAACGCGGGCAACGGAAAUGUAUAUAAAGUUCGAAUGAUGUCCCAACUAUCUGUCUUUAACAUCGGCAUGGCCACCACACCUCAGGGACUGAAAUAUAAGGUGAUUGAGCUGCCCUAUCACGGCAACACGAUCAGCAUGCUGAUUGUUCUGCCCUCUGAAGAGGACACGCCUCUGUCCCGUGUUAUCCCACACAUCAGCACAGCCACAGUGCAGAGUUGGACCAAACUGAUGCACAUGAGAAAAGCCCGCCUGCUCAUCCCCAAGUUUACUGCUGAUGAGGAGGUAGAUUUGGAAGCCCCCCUUUCAGCACUGGGAAUAACAGACAUAUUCAGUCAGAACAAAGCUGACUUCAGACACCUCAGUGCUGAACCUGUGCAUGUAUCCAAGGCACUCCAGAAAGCCAAAGUUGUGGUGAAUGAAGAUGGAACAAAAGCAGCAGCUGCCACUACUGCCAUUUUGCUGGCUCGGUCCUCUCCACCUUGGGUUACAGUGGACAGACCUUUCCUCUUCCUCAUCAGACAUAACCCAACAGGUACCAUUCUCUUUAUGGGCCAGAUCAACCAGCCUUGAGCCCAGCCAUCACUGGCCAGCCCCUGGUAGCAUCAUAGGCCAGCACAGGAAAUGCUUCUACACUGCCAUGCAUGAACACACACUCUCAUACACACACACACACACACACACACACACACACACACAAACUUGCUGUAGACUUAUGUACAUUGUGGACAUAUGUUAUGUUUUAAAUAUUGCUUUUUAUGUUACCCAUUUUCUGUAAUGCAUAACAUGCUUUAUGAAAUGUUUUGCAGACUAAAUUUUCCAGCUGUUUUAAUUUUUUGUAUACUUCUUUUGGAUUUAUUACAUUUUUAAAAGACUUUGAAAAAGGCUUUGAAUGUCAGUUGUGUAUUUUCUCAACUCUGGAGUAGGAUAAUCAGUUUGUUUAUCAUGUCAGUGUUUCAGUUUAAAAGUUCUCCAUCUCAAGUCAUGUCACUCCAGUCCAUUCUAAGUUUCACUCCUAAGUUAUGGCAAUGUACAUCACAUCAUGAAUGACUUGCAUUCAGCUACUUUACAAUAAUUGUUUCCCUCACUGAGGAAGUCUUAUGUUACCAUACUUGCUUCAUAUUUGAUCAAAUAAAUACACAUAUUUAUAACA